UUUAACAUUGAGAGAGACGGACACAGAAGUCUUCGCACAGAAGGUUCCCAAGCACAUCAAAACCCUCGAAGCCCCGCAAGUCCCUGUCUCCCUCACCACCAAAUGGCCAGUCACCACCACCACAGCCACCCUCCCCCCCAGACAACCACCGCCUGUUGCUGCAACUUCUGCCACUGCUGCAGCCCACCACCACCACCCCAUCUUUCCCCGCCAUUACCAGACCCACUUCUCCAAGCCCUUGCUGCUCACAUUCUCCAAUCUGUCCCACCAAGCCAUCAUCACGAUCCCUAUCCGCAAUCUACGAAACUCGACACCCACAAUCUUCGUACCCAAAGCCAAUACCAACACCAACACCACCAACGACGGUCUCAGAAUCCACGCUUCCAAGAAAUUCCAGGGACCCAUUCUCUUCUCUCCUCUCUGAUUCGCCGCAUCGACGCUCUGGAGUCCUCUCUCCACCAUCUUUCCGUUUAUUCUUCUCCAUCUUCGUAUAAAUGUCCUCCGUACUCUCUCAGAGACUUCGCCGCUCGUGUUAUCCAAACCCAUUUCCGUGCCUUCCUUGUUCGCAGAUCAAGAACGCUUAGUUUGCUCAAAGACCUCGCUCUCGUCAAGUCCACUUUCAAUUCUCUCAAAUCCUCACUUUCCAGUGAAACCCGCUUCGAUGUUGAUGCACUUUCUCACAAAGUCAUGGAUUUGCUUCUUAGGCUUGACUCUAUUCAGGGUGGGGAUCCAAUGAUUAGGGAUGGAAAAAGGUCUCUUAGCAGAGAUUUGGGGCGGUUCUUGGAGUUUAUAGAUGAGGUUGCUGUGAAAAGGCAUGGGCUUUCCCUCAAAACAGUGAAGAAUGUGAGUUUUGGUCAUCCAAAUGUUAACAAAUCUAGGGUUUUGGCAACUAAGAUUAGAAGUUUGGGUGGGCAGAGGGAAAUGUUAGAGAAAUUGAGGGCCAGAGUUGAAAAUAUUAGUGGGUUUUCGAGGGUGUGUCAAAAUGAUGAGGAAGAUGUGGAGCUUGAGGGGUUCCAGCAUGCCAGUGAUAAUGAUGAGGAAAACCCUAGAAUUGUCAUAAGUAGAAAUACUGGGCAAAUUAGAAAUGGGGUUUUGGUGAAGAGGAAUGAAGUUCAAUCUAGGGUGAAGAAAAGUGUGAGUUUUGCAGAGAAUGGGAAUAUGUUUAGGGUUUUUAGUAACAGCCAUGACCAUGAGCCAAUUUCAAGUGGGGAUGGUACUUGCUUGGAUGAGAGUGUUUCCAGUGAUGAUCAGGGAGAGCUUGUGGAUAUUCUUUGCAGUGAAGCUGAAGAAGUUAAGGGCUUUCCUCAGGGGACUGAGGACGAUGAGAAGGCACACUGGGAGAAUGGAGCAUCACCGCAGACCAGUGAUGGGGAAAGAAAAUAUGAAAUUAGAGGGCAUAAUCAGGAUCAUAAUAGGGGUUAUGCAUUCUCUGCCCCUUUGCCUGUGAGGAUGGAGUCUCAAGCUGAUUCGAUGAAAAGGAGAAAGGCUCUGAAAAUUGUGACAUAACAGGCAAUCUACGGGGUCACGUAUUUGUCCUGCAUACUUUUGUGACAAGAUAUUUGUUGGUUUCUGUCUUCCACAAUGUCAUUCUAAUUGUUACUUCAGAUUAAAAAUCCAUUGUGAAAGGUGUGUUUGCGUUUGUAGCCUUCACUGUCCACUCUGAAUAGGAUUUUGACUUUUGAGAUUGGUCAGUGCAACCUGAAAAUUCAAAUGUUGACUGAUUGUUUAAUUCAUUUCAUUCACAACGCCAUUGUUUGGAGUCA